AUGGAAAGCCCACACGAGCAUCAGCAAGCUCUUCUUUUAUCUCGGAUUAUCAACAACGUCGAAAAGCUGAACGAGGCUGUCAUGGUCAUGAAUAAAAGCCUGCAGGAGGUCAACAUCCAGAACAUGAAUGUCGAGCUUGUCGCGCAAAUGUUCAAGAACUAUCAAUCAAACGUGCUAUUCCACUUGGAGGCCACGGAAAACUUGAAGGACCCAUCAUGA